AAGCAGCAUUGUCUGGUUGAAAGUACCAUUCUAAUUUCUAUUGUAAUUCAAUCUCUGACUUCAAACAAAGCCUUCCUUUGCUCCCGGUCUUUGGUCUUCUGGGCGAAGCUUCUUAAGCUCCACAACGCGGUGGCUUCCGUCUGCCGGUGAUGGCCGACGACAAAGCGCCGAUCACGAUCGCCACCAGAGAUAGAGAACGAGAUAUAGAGCUUCUAAUUCCCGUCGCAGCCUCGCCUAAGGACGAUGCCUCUUGCAAACCCUCGUCAUCUUCAUCAUCCUCGCAACAGACUGGGCGCGAGACAUUUUACAGAGUCUUUAGGAGCUGGGCCUCAAAAAAGUUCAUGACCGGAUGUGUCAUUUUGUUUCCAAUUGCAAUAACUUUCUAUAUAACAUGGUGGUUUAUUCACUUUGUGGAUGGAUUUUUUUCUCCGAUUUAUGCUCAACUUGGAAUUGAUAUCUUUGGUCUUGGAUUUGCAACAUCUGUAACAUUCAUCUUCCUUGUUGGGGUGUUCAUGUCAUCAUGGUUGGGUGCUUCUGUUCUGGCCCUUGGAGAGUGGUUCAUCAAGCGCAUGCCAUUUGUUCGUCAUAUUUACAAUGCUUCUAAGCAGAUUAGUUCAGCUAUUUCACCAGAUCAAAACACCAAUGCCUUCAAGGAAGUUGCCAUCAUUAGGCACCCUCGUGUUGGUGAAUAUGCAUUUGGGUUCAUCACUUCAACUGUCACUCUUCAGAGCUAUUCUGGAGAGGAGGAGCUAUGUUGUGUAUAUGUUCCCACCAAUCAUCUUUACAUUGGUGAUGUUUUUCUAGUCAACUCUCAGGAUGUUACUAGACCAAAUUUAUCAGUUCGGGAAGGAAUUGAAAUCGUCGUGUCUGGAGGCAUGUCGAUGCCACAGAUAUUAUCCAUACUGGAUUCAGAUUUUCGACCAAUUGAUAGUAGAAGAUUGACUAGAAGCUGACUCUGAAGAGAUGUACCAUUGCUGGCUGCUAACAAUCAAUAUAAAAUCUUGGGGACACCAUUGGAGUUGUCGGAGACUCAGAGUAGUUACCGCCUUCAUUACCUUAGCCAUUGAACCGUACUUAUGGUACAAAUUUGAUUCUUGUAGUUGAAUUUAGUGUUAUAUCAUCAAAUGUUGGGUAGGGGUGAGAAUACUUGUUGAUCCAGGAUAGGAAUUGGGUGUGCAUUAGAAAUUUUAGCUUCAUAUUCUAAUUCAAUCGAGAAUGUAUACUUUCUUGUUGAUGAGUCACAUUGUUCAUCUGCAUCAGAUGUAUAUUUGAGGCUGUACAUAUUUUGCACCAACAUUUCUAUGCUUAACUUUUUGUUUUUUUUUUU